AUGAGCCACCCCAUCAAUAAACAAGGCGAAAAGCUGGAGGUUGCCAUUGCGGGUGGCGGCAUUGCGGGUCUUAUUACUGCCAUCGCCCUGCUAAAGCACCCAGGCGUUAAUGUACGAAUCUAUGAGCGAGCCAAGGAGUUCAAGGAGAUCGGUGCCAGUAUUGGUCUCGGUCCCAAUGGCCUGAGAUCCUUGGAAGCUCUGGGUGUUGAGAACGCCCUUACAGAGGAUGUUUGCACCAGGCAAAAGUCAGACUGGCCUAUGAUCUUCCGACACUGGAAAACCGGGGAAGUCUUGGCUACAGACGUACACUAUACUGUCAAGACGAAGAAGCAUUUCACGGCUCGAUACCAUCGGGCUCACUUGCACCAAGCCUUGCUAGAGAAUCUCCCCAAGGGCAUCGUCGCCUUGAACAAGAAGACCAUUAAUGUGUAUGCCGAUCCAAACCAAGGCGUGACACUAUUUUUUGAAGACGGUUCAAGUGCGCGGGCAGAUAUCUGUAUUGGUGCCGACGGAAUUCACUCGAAUGUGCGGAAGACCUUUGUUCCUGACCAUACUCUUCGAUGGACUGGUUGGGUAGCGAUGCGGGCUACUUUCGAGGCAUCACGCCUUGGGGAUCUGGAGUUCCCUGAAGAUGCAGUCCAUUGGGGUCUCUUCACCACCGUUGGCGGAUUCCAUGUCGACCCUAAUGACCCGAAUGCACAUGGCCGUGACGCAAACUGGGACGAUCUUGGCAGCUUGGAAGAGUUUAAAGAAUACUACAAGGAUUGGAAUCCUACCGUACGUGCAUUUAUAGAAGCAUGCCCUUCUAUUCGCCUCUUUCCUAACUACGCCGGCGGCCCUCUCGAGACUUGGGCUUUCAAAAACCGCGUUACUCUAGUUGGCGAUGCGGCGCAUACUCACGGUGGUGCUUUUGCCGCUGGUGGAUCGCUCGCCAUCAACGACGCACAUGCCCUCGGCCUCGCCCUCAACUAUGUCUGGCCAGCCUCUUCGUAUAAUGGGGAGAAGCCGACAGCAGAGCAGAUUGCCAAUAUUUUCCGAGUAUAUGAGAAUACGCGGAAGCCUCAUAUUGACAAGAUUCUCGGCGUGGUGCACAAGGCCAUCGCAGGACAGAGAGCGUCAGUCGAGAAGGGCAAGGUUGAGACCGACGAGGAGCUGAGGCAGAGAGUUGCGAACAGAAUGGAUCCUUGGUGGAUCAGUGAACAUGAUGUUGAGGAGGAAUUUCAGAAAGCUAUCAAUGGCGGGAAAGGGCCUGAGACUAACGAGUCACGCCCACGGCUGUGA